GACGCCGAGUUGAAGAGUUUGACUGGCAGGAAGUACCUGGAUGCCAUGUGUGUGUACUUCUGGGCCACAACGCCGGUUCUCAUCUCCAUUGUCACAUUUACGACGUAUUCUCUGCUGGGGAACCAGCUAACAGCUGCCAAGGUGUUCACGAGCCUGUCGUUGUUCUUGAUGCUGAUCAGCCCACUAAAUGCCUUCCCGUGGGUCCUCAAUGGACUAAUGGAGGCCUGGGUGUCCAUGCAGAGGGUCCAGCAGUUUGUGGCCUUGCCUGACCUUGACCUUGAACUCUACUACUCAUCAAGUGAAGUGUUACCAGAUGACUGUGUCCUGCAAAUACAGGAUGCCGAGUUCACCUGGAAUGUGGCGGCUGAAUCUGGCCAUAGGGGCCACUCAAGCUCUCCUGGAGUUCAUAAAGGGAACAGUGAAGUACAUGUGAAUAACAUGGAAAUAGAAAUAUCUCAAGAAGAGUUAGGGGAGACAACUUUUAGUUUGGUGGAUCUCAACUUUCGUGUACUUAAGGGCCAGUUUGUAGGAGUGAUAGGUAAAGUUGGCGCAGGGAAGAGCUCUUUACUCAGUUGCCUAUUGGCUGAGAUGCACAGGGUGAGGGGUCACAUCCGAGUGAAUGGCCUUGACCUUGGAUUUGCCAUAGCAACCCAGGAGCCAUGGAUACAGCAUGCCACUGUGAGGGAUAACAUCCUGUUUGGGCGCCCAUUCAACAGUGUGAAGUAUGAAAAGGUGAUUGAUGCCUGUGCAUUGACUGAGGUUCUUCAGAUAUUACCAGCUGGGGACAUGACGGAGGUUGGAGAGAAUGGAAUGACCUUGAGUGGAGGUCAGAAGUCACGGGUGGCACUGGCAAGGGCUGUGUACCAGGACAAGGACGUGAUACUGCUGGACGACCCUCUGGCAGCGGUUGAUGCUCACGUGGCACAGCAUCUGUACCAGCGGUGCAUCAUGGGAUUGCUGGGUGGCCGGACACGCUUUCUGUGCACGCACCACACCAAGUACCUCAGCAACGCUGACAUGAUCAUAGUACUCGACAAUGGGCGCAUUGUAAAAACAGGUUUACCAUCAGAGAUCCUGGCAUCCAUUGACCUCAGCGUCGACACAAAGCGCCCGCAUAGCUCCAAGGUCGCCACUGAGUCAUGUGAUCUUCAAGUCCCUGCCUUGACAGAGGUAGGCGGGGCCUUGGUGGGAGCGGAAACCAAGGAGACAGGCAGUGUGAGGUUUUGUGUUUACACGACUUACUGGAGAGCCGUGGGCAUCUGCCUGGCCCCAGCUGUGCUGCUGUCCCUGUUCCUUAUGCAAGCCUCAAGGAUUGUCAACGAUUGGUGGCUGUCAUAUUGGGUGUCCCACUCUGAACUGCCUGGUCAGAAUGUCUCGCACUCAGGAGCACACAGGAUCUCAAGUAACAGCAGCAACAUGAGUAGUCUGGUUACCGCGGGUGAUAAUGUGAUGUUCUACCUGACCAUAUAUGGAUGCCUGGCGGGGGCCAACUCUGUGUUCACGCUCCUACGAGCAUUCCUGUUUGCCUACGGAGGGGUUUGUGCCGCAAGAACCAUACACACUCGACUGCUCAGCAACAUACUGAAGGCACCGAUCACUUUUUUUGACACAACACCUAUUGGUCGUAUUGUGAACCGGUUUUCCUCGGAUAUAUUCUCCAUAGACGACUCCCUGCCUUUCAUUAUGAACGUAUUCCUGGCCCAGAUUUACGGUAUACUGGGAACCAUAAUCAUCAUAUGUUACGGGUUGCCGUGGUUUGCAGUUCUACUUUUACCACUUGCUGUGCUCUAUUACAAAAUCCAGAAAUACUACCGUGAAAGUUCACGUGAGUUGAAGAGAAUCUCCAGUGUGACACUGUCUCCAAUCUAUGCCCACUUCUCAGAGUCUAUAACAGGCAUGACCACAAUAAGGGCCAUGAGGGAACAAGAGAGGUUUCAGUUGGAGAACCUAAGUCACCUGGAGACCAAUCAGCGUGCCCAGUUUACCUCACAGGCUGUAUCUAGCUGGCUGGUAUUCCGUCUGCAGAUGCUUGGGGUAGCCAUGGUGACAGGGAUUGCGUUCAUUGCCGUGCUGGAACACCACUUCCGCACAGUCAAUCCUGGUCUUGUAGGGUUGGCGAUUUCGUACGCCCUCUCGGUGACCAACCUACUGGGUGAUGUCGUGAACUCGUUUGCUGAGACUGAGAAACAGAUGGUGAGCGUGGAGCGUGCUCAGCAGUACAUUGAGGACGUACCCAACGAGAGAAUGGAGGGAUCUCUACUGCCACCUCCCUACUGGCCCAUUCAAGGUUCCGUCGUUUUUAGAGGUGUACGUAUGAAGUACCGUCACAAUCUAGCAGAUGCUCUUAACAAGGUCUCGUUCGAGGUUGAACCCGCAGAGAAAGUGGGAGUUGUGGGAAGAACUGGGUCGGGCAAGUCGAGCAUUUUCCUGGCGCUUUUUCGGAUGGUUGAAAUUUACAAGGGAAACAUCUUUGUGGAUGGAAUUGAUCUAAUUCAUUUAGAUUUGAAGGAUAUCAGAUCUAGGUUUGCAAUAAUACCCCAGGAUCCAUUCCUGUUCAGUGGCUCGGUGCGAGAAAACUUGGACCCUACUUGUGUUCACUCAGACAGUGAACUAUGGAGUGUCCUUGACAAAUGUCACCUUCGCAGAGUUGUGGAGAAGCUUGGAGGACUAGGGGCAGAUGCUGGGGAACGAGGAAAACACUUUUCAGUCGGUCAGAGACAACUUGUCUGCCUGGCACGUGCUUUAUUGACCAAGGCUAAGAUUUUGUGUAUAGAUGAGGCUACGGCCAGCGUUGACAUGGAUACGGACAUGCUCAUUCAGCAGACAAUACGCAGCGAGUUUCAGAUGAGCACCGUGCUAACUAUAGCGCACCGUAUCAACACCAUCAUGGACAGUGACCGAGUCCUCAUCAUGGCCGACGGACACGUGGCAGAGUUUGCAGCCCCUGGGCGCUUGCUCAUGAAUCAGGAGACACUGUUUUAUAAACUAGUCAAUGGUCAAUAAAAUCUAGACAAUGACAAAAUAUAUAUUAAUCAUUAA